AUGGCGGCGGCGGCGGCGGCGGCGGCCUGGCCGGAGCUGGAGGCGGCGGCGCGGGAGCGGCGGCGGGAGCUGGCGCUGGCCGGCGCGGCGGUGGCGGAGCGGGUGGCGGCGGGCGGCGGGCGGCUGCCGGCGGCGCUGCUGGCGCUGCCGCUGCUGCAGUCGCUGGAGCUGAGCGGGUGCGCGGCGCUGCGGGAGCUGGGCCCGGGGCUGGCCGCCGCCCUGCCCGCCCUCCACACGCUGGUGCUGCGCGGCAACGCGCUGGGCCCCGCCGGGCUGGGCGCGGGGCUGGGCGGGCCGCUGCCGGCCCUCCGCCUCCUCGACCUCUCCGGCAACGGCCUGGAGGCGCUGCCCGCCGCGCUGGGCGGGGCGGCGGGCGCGGAGCCGGCGGGAGGCCCGGCCUUCCCGCAGCUGCGCAGCCUCAACCUGAGCGGGAACCGGCUGCGGGAGCUGGGCCCGGGGCUGGCCCGCGCCGCGCCGCAGCUGCAGGCGCUGCUGCUCUCCGGCAACCGCCUGCGGGCGCUGCCCGGCGGGCUGCUGCCCCCCGCCGCUGCCGGCCCGGGCGGGCCCUUCCCGCUCCUCAGCCGCCUGGAGGCGGCCGACAACGAGGUGGCGGAGCUGGGCGCCGAGAUCGCCGCCCUGCCGGCCCUCAAGAGCCUGGACGUGGCCAACAACCAGCUGCGGGAGCUGCCCGCCGCGCUGGCCGACUGCCCCCGCCUGAAGGAGGCCAACUUCAGGGGCAACCAGCUGAAGGACAAGCGGCUGGAGAAGAUGGUCAACGGCUGCCAGACGAAGGCCAUCCUGGAGUACCUGCGGGCCGGCGGCCGCGGGAAGGGGAAGGCCGAGAGCGCCAGAGAGGAGGCCAGGAAGAAGAAGAGGGAGAAGCCGCAGAAGAAGGACAGUGGGGACGGGGAGCAGGACGAGCUGGAGGAGGCGAGCAAGCUGCUGGUGAAGGUUCUGCAUGUCUCCGAAAACCCGGCGCCCUUGGUGGUCAAAGCCAGCCCGGGCGUCAGAGAUGUUCGACCCUUCAUUGUGUGCUGCGUGCUGAAAGGGGUGAACUUAAAGCCGGGAAAUGCUCUGAAGAGGUUCCUGUCCGCACAGACUAAACUGCACGAAGACAUCUGUGAAAAGCGGACAGCAGCCACAAUUGCCACCCAUGACUUGCAGUUGAUCAAAGGUCCUCUGACGUAUGAUGUUCGGCCUCCUGACGAACUGAAGAUAAUGCCCCUGGGUCGAAAGGAGAUUAAGGCAAAGGAUCUUCUCCGUCAGCUGCAGUUGGAAGCUGAGGAGCAGAGGAAACAGAAGAAGCGUCAGAAUGUUUCUGGGUUGCACAAGUAUCUCCAGUUAUUGGAUGGCAAAGAUAACUACCCAUGUCUUGUGGAUGCUGAAGGCAUUGUGAUUUCUUUCCCACCAAUAACCAAUAGUGAGAAAACAAAGAUUAGAAAAGAUACCCGUGAUCUGUUUCUGGAAGUGACAAGUGAUGCCAGUUUACAGAUAUGCAAAGAUGUCAUGGACACACUAAUUCUGAAAAUUGCAGAACUGAACAGGUUUACCUUGGAAAAUAAGGAAGACUCGGGCUCGGAUAACGAAUCUGAUGCUCUUUGUGGACCACUGAAUUUGAACCCCAGCCAAAACGUACAGCCGAUGAAUUUUCCGUUGGUAGUGGAGCAAGUUCGAGUGGUGGACACAGAUGGAAACUUGAAAGUACUUUAUCCUUCAAAAACUGACCUAACCACAGUUUCAUCUCUUCUGACUGUAAUACGUUAGCAGCUAUGAAAGCUAAGAAAAUGAUUCAAUUUUCUUUUUUUUUUUUCCCCCAUGUUCAACAAUGCAACUUGUACGCAGUGAGGUGGUGGUCUUUUUUUUUUAAAGAAAAGAUGCAGUGCAUCCUGCCUGGGCAUGUAAAAACUUUAAAGUUUGAUCAAGCUAUGGCGCAAGGAGUAUUGCAUUCUUUCAGCCUUAAUAGAAAGUCAUCAGUGUUCUGACUAGGUAGAGAUAACAGCAUCUUCAAAUGCAAACUUAAAGGCAGAGAAGGUAUUGGAAGUCAGAAUGCAGUAACUUGUAGAGAAAAUCAUUGUGACAUCUUAGCGUUUAUAAAGUGAAUGCAGUCAUAUUUUUCUGCAAGAUCACUGUUUCUUCCUGGUAUGUUUGAGCUGGAUUAUUAUUUUGGCAGCUAAACUGAGAAAUCCAGUAGGUGACAGCAUUGAAACUAAGUCACAUGCUGUGUUCCAAUACUGAAGACAGAAUGCGAAACUACUUGGCUAACAUCUCGUUCUGCGUAAUUUUAUUUUUAUAUCUGGAGUAAUUGUGAAAAUUUAAUUGCUGUCAGAACUUGAGGAAUGAGUUUUAAAGUGGUGAUUUCUGUGUUCAGACAUUAACACAGCUUCCAUUUUUAAGUGAAGUCAGUUGAAUUGACUGCAAGGGGUUUGUGUGUCCCAGUGCAUUUUAGAGCCAUCAUCCAUCCUUGUGGAAAUACCAGUUGUAGUGACCUUGUUGUGUACCCGUUGAGUUACUGUUAAUCGAGCACUGACUUUAUUCUUGCUCGUGAAGUUCAGUUCCGUUCAGAGGGCUAAUGCUGCCUUACAUCGACACCACUGAAGCUCCCUGUCUCCCCAGAACACAAGCACUCUUGCCCAGAGUGACCCUCCUGGAGCUUUGUGUCACACUCCCACAUGAAGUGUUGGGGACACCUUCCAAAAUACAGGUAGUUUGAGCGGUUCUAAUUUUUCCAGUCUGUGGGUGACUUUUACAUCAGGGCUACUACCUGUAUGAAUGCAAACCUCUCCAUAAGCUAGGGUGACCUACAGAUUGACUUUUUUCUGUUAAAAAUGAUACAGAGUUCUAACUGAACUUCCAGAUACCGUGUCAAAUACGUCCACAUGUUGGGACUUGCGUAUUGAAUGGAAAAAUAAAACAGUUCUUGCGGUCA